CGGCUUUUUAUGUUGAGUAAUUAUUUGGAACCCUACACAUGUCGAAGCAGGACGUUGCAGCCUGUCACGUCACGCGUGUCUUUGAUGGGCUCGAAGAAUUCCAAGUCAUUUGAGAACGUACUUGACAUUCCACGAUUCUUUGCUUCCGCGCACGCAUUCGCAAUGCCACCACGCAAGCGGCCCAGCGCCGCGAUGCCGAGCUCGGCCAAGCGGCCCGCGGCCAAGCUGCUCGCGGCCAAGCGGCCCGCGGCCAAGGGAGCAGCAAAGUUUCCGAUUACGUGGACAGACUGGCCAGGUGAGGGCGAUGGAUAUUUGAAAGGGGGGGUGCAAGCCCGCUACGUGGACCAGGAAGCAGAGAGCUUGGACCGGACGAAGUUAGAAGAGACCCUGAAGGAGUUGGAAAGCGCAGUGGAUGGGGCGGAAUGGAGGGAAGAUGAGAAUGGCUUAACGGCGCCGGGUGGAUUUGAGAUGAGGUGUUCUAUUGGGGUCGAGGAUCAAGAAGAUUAUGUAAUUGCCAUACAGACCCCGGAACACUCUCUGGUGGUUGGCAACCUGGGGUGCCAUCCCUUUGUGGAGUUGGAGUGGAUGUGGUUUGGCAACUCUGACGGCUCUACCUCCAUCCCAGUGCCGGACCAGGACAUCAGCAAAGAUGCCAAGCAGCUUUGCAAAAGAGCGAUUGAGGACGUGAAUACCUUUAUCUUUCAUCAAGAACACUGAGGCACAGAAGACUGGCUACAAAUUUCUUCAGGGAGAUCUCCACCGAGAGCGGAUUCCGUGCGACAUCCAUUUAGGAGUGAAGUCCGGCGUGGUAGAGCUUGGCUGCGGGUGGAAGCCUCCAGGAUCUCCCCUCAUCGAAAUCUGGGGAAGAUUCAUUUGAAACGUAGUAAAGAAUGGGUUCCCAAAAAUCCAAGGCCCU